AUGCGAGAUGGAAGUCUCAGCUACGAAAGGUUCUGCGCGGAGGCAGAGUUGCUGCAGAAGCGGUCGCAUGAGCUGGCCAGUAAGCAGGCAGUCGGGAGUGACAAGUUUGUGGCGACAUGGGAGUGGAGGCACGGUAACAGACAGCAUUUAGACGGAAACUCGUAUCUCGUCUCGACAGGAAAUUCCCGGCAAUUUUGUCCGGAUUCUGGCAGUGUGAAGACCACCAUGGAGUUGGAUGGAGAUAUUGACGAGCUCCUGGUGCACGACGAGGACAAUUGGCCGGAUGUCGAUGAACCCCAGACGAUGAUGCUGCUACACUCCGGGGAAGUUGAGACAGCGUUGCUCGAAUUCCACAUUGUCUUCCACACUAUCUAUCAGACGCCGGUGUUAUACUUCCGAGCUCUGGCCGUCGAUGGAACGCCGCUGAAUACCAACACAGUCACAUGUGGCGUACAGUUCCCAGGUUCCAAUGGACGACCAGCAUUUGUCGGAAUGGAGGAGCAUCCUGUAGUGGGCAAACCGUUCUCGUUCCUGCAUCCCUGUGAAACUGCAGCAGCCAUGCAGCUUCUCCAAGCGCAACUCCAAUCUAGCAAGUCUACUGAAGUUUCAUCGGACGUGGAAAUUCCUCAAUAUCUCGCGAGCUGGCUCAGCUUGGUGCAACCGCUGACAGGCAUCUCUCCGCUAGAUUAUUAUUCCGUAUGA